UGGGAGCGUGCUCCAUAGGAAGUGAAUUUUUGCGGAGCCAAAUCGAAAUAGACAAUAAUUUCUUUACAUUACUAACUUUAAACAGUUUAUAUUCCAAUUCGGAUCUGCCAACUGUUUAAAAAUGAUUCGGACGCUCGUGGACGCGUUCUGGAGCGAGGACGUGUGGUUGCCGCCGAACACAACCUGGGCAGACAUCGCGCCCGGUCCGGAUAAGGCCGUAAUUUAUACAGAUCAUACGCAUGUGUUUUACCCGAUACCGUUAGCCUUAGUUUUUAUAACCCUACGCUACUUAUUAGAGAGAUAUAUCUAUGCACCAUUUGGUCUGUACCUGGGAAUAAGUAAUAUAAGGCCCAAAAAGGCUCCAACAAAUCCAAAAUUAGAGGCUGAAUAUCGAGCUAAUCCAAGAGCAAAAGAGCUAUGUUACGUUGCCAAAAAGUUGGAUAUGACAGAGCGUGAGGUGGAACGGUGGUACCGUCUCCGCCGCAGCCAGGAUAAGCCCUCUACCCUGGUGAAAUUCUGCGAGAACAUCUGGAAGGUCACCUUCUACGUGUGCAACUUCAUCUUCGGCAUCUACGUGCUGUGGGAUAAGGCUUGGCUGUGGGACAUUGAUCAGUGCUACAUCGGGUAUCCACAUCAGGGUCUCACCAACGAUAUCUGGUGGUAUUACAUGGUGUCGGCGGCGUUCUACUGGGCGCUGACCAUCUCGCAGUUCUGGGACGUGCGGCGCAAGGACUUCUGGCAGAUGUUCGUGCACCACAUCGCCACCAUCGCGCUCAUAUCCUUCAGCUGGGUCUGCAACCUCCACCGCAUUGGCACCCUCGUGCUGCUGCUGCACGAUUGUGCCGAUAUAUUCGUUGAGGCGGUGAAGGCGGCCAAAUACGCGAACUACCAGCGACUGUGCGACACGCUGUUCCUGGGUCUGAUCGUCACAUGGAUCACCACGCGCGUCGGCAUCUUCCCCUUCUACAUCAUAUGGAGCACGUCAAUCCGAGCUCCCAUGUUGCUGCCGAUGUUUCCGGCGUACUACAUCUUCAACUCGCUGCUGUGUCUGCUGCUGGUGCUGCACGUCGUGUGGACGGUGCUCAUCCUGCAGAUCGCGUAUAUCACCAUCAAGGCUGGACAGAUGGAGGGUGACAUCCGAAGCAGCAGCUCUGAGCUAAGCGACAGCCCUGGAAAUUCCAACGACGCCUCGCCAACGCGAAGGAAUAACAAAAAAACCAUAUAAGGCGGCAGUUCUACCGUCGGUGGUCAAUCACAUCGGAUCUCAGGCAACAGUCCCACAGUGUUCCCAGUGAAAUACUUAAUUUAAUGUAGUCACUAGACACGCGUGAAAGUGUGUAAACGGUUUGACGACACCCAUACCAGCCCCACAUACUACCACUCAUCACUAAUACCACUCAUCACUAAUAUUAUAAAUGCGGAAGUGUGUCUGUCUGCCUGUACCCUCUUCAAGCUCGAAUUGCAGCUUUGUAUGAUAUUUGAUACGGAAACAUGAGGUCCCAGGAAAAAACAUUAGAAUCAUGGAAAAUGCGUGUCACUAACGAAUUUCCGCGCUAAAAAGUUGCGGACAAGUUUUCCUUAAAGGCCAGUUGCUUGUUUUAAGUCUAAAUAAAUCGACUGCUAUGUUAAAUUAUUUAUAUCAAAAAUUAUAGCCCCUAGUGUGCCUUUCUCAUUAAGUUCUUUCUUCAUUGUGUCUUAGAUAAUCGUGCCUUAACUUUAAUCAUCUAUUUCUAUUGCACCUCCUUAUGUUUGUUAUUAGAGAAUAUUUUCUGUCUGUUAACUAAAUGAAAGAACAUUUUUUUCUAGUGAUGUAUGUGGGGACUUUUUUUUAAAUUACCACCUUUUUAGGCAUGAAUGUGUGGUGAAUUUUAAACCUAUAAUAAAACUUUUGCGACUUCUAAAAUAUACACUUGGCCACGGCCUUAGAGCGUCGAAACACGAUCAAUUUUUUACGAGUAAAGAAACACAACAGGACAGCUCUAUGAAAAGUGUAUUUGCUCCUUAAGUUUUCUGAAAGACCAUAGACAAUGGUCAUGUUUUUAUUAGUUAUUUUUCUACGAAUAUAUGAAUUUAUAGCUUACUUCUUGAUGUAUACUUCCUAUAUAAAUCCAUUGAAAGCGGUGAUACUAUAUGUUUUACUGUUGUAAUCCUAGAGUUUCUCCUUAAUAUAGAGAUUAUAUCUCUAUAUAAAUAUAGAGAUUCGUACAUUGAUUCAUUAUUAUCCGAAAGCGUGUAUAUUUUGUGCAAGUUGUUUUCAGUAGACGAUAAAAGAGAUGAUACGCCGUAUUUUCUUCUUAAUUUAGUUCUACGUAGGAAUUGCUAUGCGCUCUGUGACCAGACUAUAUAUUUCUUAUCGAACUUACAAUGUUGAUGUGGCAUUGCCUGAGUGACGUCACAAUUCUGUAGUCACAAUAAUUACGUGUGGGUAUAUAUUAUUUUUAUGGUUGAAUGAGAUAGCUGGGUGGAAACGACAAAUAUUCUAUUGCUCCAUGAGUGAACAUCUAUUUUAGGGAAUAAUGUGAUUAUUGUGUGUAUUGCCGUAAUGUUUGACGCCAACUAGCGGUGCGAUCUCCCAUUUAGAUGUAUUUUAAUCGCUGGAAUAUUUUCGCCUCAAUGUUAUAGUGUUACGUACCUUCUCCACUCUGGGACCAUAAAGGAUUAUUUAUACUUACGCUAUACUUAAUUUUUGUAUAUUUCAACUUUCGUCGGGGCUAUAAUGUCGAAUUUGUAAUAUGGUCAUGGACAUCGCUUAUUUCUAGGUUAGCAGGAAAAAUAUCUUGCAAUCAGUAGUUGAAACGGCUACCUAGAAAUAAAUUCUUAUAAGUACAUUUUUAUUUCAUUCUUCUUAGAGAACUGUGAAUCGGUAUUACUUUUUGUAACAUUUU